AUGAAAACUAAUAUCUAUCUAUCUAUCUAUCUAUCUAUUUUUGGUUUCUUUCCUUCAAAAAGCUUAAUUUCUUUUUCUCUGUUACAUUCUUUUUAUCCCAUCUCUACUUCCGUUUUAUUUAUAUCUAUCUAUCUAUCUAUCUAUCCUUCCAUAAAAUCUUUCUUUCUUCUUUCUUUCCUCUCAUCUAGCUCCUCAUCUGAAACUACACUGCCAUUUUCCACGCCCGCUGCUUCUGAUUCCCAUGCGUGUCCGGUGGCACGUGACACCAACUUUCGAAAUAAUGAUCUACCUGUCACACGAGAUUAUUACAAAACGAGAUUUGAUAUUAAUUCGUUGUGCUUACAAUUAAUACCCGAAGAACCACUGCACAAUCAUUCCUGUGUUACCAGGAGAAUCCUGUUACUUGGUUCACCUGUUUAUCGAGACAUACCUUUAAUUGAACUGAAUGAAGCCAAAAACAAGUGCAUUUUUUUCGACCUUUCUUCGUUCGUUUUGGACAGCGAAUUGGUGAAUAGCGCCCGGAUGGACAAACGUGUCAUUUGGUGUAUUCAGAAUAUACGAUGUCAUUUCAAGAUAUCUCCUCUUUCAGCAAUUAUUUCUAUUCUACUACAAAUCAUUAAAGAAAUAGCCAUCUGUCAUUAG